CAAUCACAGCGCGGCUUGUUGAACUGUCCCUUCAGCAGCUAUGGUGGGCAUGAGCCUUCUCAGGUCGGCUGCUGCCUUUGCAGCCAGGUUAGGUCCUCUGAAAGCUGGGAAUAAUGCUGCCAAUAUACUUGCUCGAAACAUCCCACGGACAAAUAAAGUGGCGACCCGUUGGGGCCAUGGAAAGAAGAUGUUUGUGGUCAACCCAUCUCAAUAUUACGACAGAAGAUUUUUGCAUUUAUUGCGAUAUUACAUCCUGCUGACUGGUAUUCCAGUAGCUGUGUUGGUCACAGCUGUGAAUAUCUUCAUUGGUGAGGCAGAGCUUGCUGAGAUUCCUGAAGGCUAUGAACCUGAGUAUUGGGAAUAUUACAAACACCCCAUUACCAGGUGGAUUGUACGGAACAUUUAUGAUUCCCCAGUGAAGGACUAUGAAAAAGUGAUGGCUGCAAUCCAAAUUGAAAAGGAAAAAGCUGACAUGAGACUGACACAGCUGGAGGUUCGUCGGCAGAUGAGACAUCACGGAGACGGCCCCUGGUUCCAGGUGCCGACGCUUGACAAAGGGCUGAUUGACAACAGCCCCAAGUCAUUACCUGACGAUUAACGAACCGUGUUAGCAGUACAUGUGGUCAUCAGUCUGACUGUAAAUUUUUCCCUUGUUGAUUAAAUAAAGUAUCUUUAUGUGGUCUAAUA